AUGGAGGCUGCACCACUCACCUUGGCGCAUACCCACGCCCGAAAUGCGGUGCUCGAGACACGCAAGUCCAACCCGGUGGCCGCCAGCGAGGAACACGAUCUGGCGGCCGGUGAGUUUGCGGCUGCAGCUCAGAGUAGCGUCGAUCACGAAUUACUCGAAAGCCACCACAAGAAGCUCGCGGAGAUCCUAAGAUUCCAGCAUGAACAUCCAGUUAGCGCAAAUUCAGAGCCCACGGCUAAUGUUGUAUCGCCGAAUCCCGCGUCUCAACCAUCCUCAACAGAUGUCGGGGCCCUGAAGACCCCACAUAUCACCCCAGAUGCCCAGAACCAGCCUCCAAGGCUGCCGGGGAAUGCUCGCGUGUCAAGUCGGGAGACUUCCUCGAUCGCCAGUGACCUCGCCUCUGCGCGGGGUAUCCCGGCUCAUCCGCGACGUGCAUCGCCUGUAUCGCCAACGCUCUCCUCUCAGCAGGCCGGAGCGAAGAUGGCAGAAGCGCCACCGAGAAUCAAAGCGGGGGACUCGAAAUGGCAAGAGGUUCCGAUGAAGGGGCGACGAGGCCGUGCAUCUACGCCUCGACAACCGUGGUCUCCUCCCUUGCCCAGUGCUGCGGAACUUACCUCCCAACAAGCGGUGCCUCCGAGUAUCAUGGGGUCGGUCUCCCCGAAGGACACGACUUCAAUGGCCGAUGAACCAUUCCAGCGUUUCUAUUCAACAUUUGAGGGUCUUAUUUCGAGGAUUUCUGCGCCACUGGCCUUUGCAGGGCUCCCUCUUGGUCGGAAGUCUGCUGCUGAGGCGAAACUGGACCGACAUCACGCGACUUCGGAUCGAUCGACUUCUUCCGCUGAACCAGAUGUGAGUCGGCUCUUCUCGCGAGCUGCGCUGCGUUCGAUUCAGGACACUCCUGGAACGAGUCCAGGAAAUCCGAAUGAGUCGUUCUACGUUGUCCCCACUACGGGUGGCACAAUGUCCUAUGCGGGAAUCUUGACACGGGCGGAGAAGGAAGCACGCAGAAACAGUCUGGAGGAUGCCGAUGAUGACUUUGUGGAUGCACGCGAGACCCCUUCUUCCCCGGAAGUACGCCAGGGUUCCAAUUCACGGACCUUGCGGAGGGGAGCUACUGAGAAGAUCACCAAUCUCCAAAACCCCAAGACUCUGGAAGAACUGCAGAUGGAAAACCAAGCCCUAAAGCAUCUGUCCGACACACUUUCUAAACGACUACAUAUGUGGGAGGUCAACGCCCAGUCGUCAUCGAUGGCAUUGCAGCAAUCGUUAAGGGCGAUGCACCACCACAAUGUCCCAUCUCCAGAACAUGCUUUGUCCACCGCUACAUCUCCGACAGCUCAACUUUCUAGCGCUCCAGCCAUGUCGGAAUCAGACCCGCGGGUCAAAGAACUGGAAGAGAUCGUUCGCCGCGGUGAGCAGGAGCUAGAGCGCGUUGGCCGCGAGAACGAAAAGUUGACGAAUGUGCUUGGGCGGUACCGAGACCGCUGGGAAAAACUAAAGGAGGGAGCCAAGACCCGGCGAGCAGAGGGCCGGGCAGGUGGUGAUGCCCAAAGCAAUCCUCCAGCGGCCAGCCCUAACACGCCCAAGAAAUCAGAAGGCCCGGUCUCUCCGACCGUCAGUUCAGGAGCGAGUCCCAAAACGGCACCUCGCGUGGAGGAUAGCCCUGCCGUGGAGGCUGGGCUCCACAUGGACAUUGGGGACACUUAG